CAUCCACAACCGUGAACCAUCUUCCCUCACCCUCAGAACCAUCUUCCCACAUUGAGUCAUUUCACACCUCUCGGCCGCCUCUCUCCCCUCAGGCCCUCACAACUCUCUCCUCUCAGUCCUCUCGGCCGCCGUCUUGCCGAGUUUCUCCGGUGCUCUCUCGCCUCUCGGCCUCUCCUCACUGCUCUGUGCUCUCUCCGUCUCUCACCUCUAGGAGUCUGACUAUGAUUCUAAAUGGAAUCAGCAUACCCAUCGAGUGUGUGUAUUUGAAUUCUAGAACAUCUAAGAUGUUGAUACGUGCUUCUAGUACCUCACACGUUCCUCAUUUGCAAAGCAGAUGCUCUUUUCCAAGCAUCAACACACAAGUGCCUCAUCAACAUGCAAUUGCGUCAUGGCUGCAUCUUUCUGCUGGAUCAUCCCCACUUUUAAGUGGUGAUCAAGGUAGCCUCUUGCGCGCUAUCCCCAUGUUACCAAGGCGCUUUGCAUCUCGUAUGUCUCCUAGAGCAUCUAAGGAUGUCCCCUACAGUUUUAGGUACCCUCCAAUGACUAAGAAGCCUCGAUGGUGGUGGAGAACGCUAGCAUGUCUUCCUUAUCUUAUGCCCCUUCAUGAAACUUGGAUGUAUGCUGAGACAGCUUAUCACCUGCACCCUUUUUUGGAAGAUUUUGAGUUCAUUACAUACCCUUUUCUUAGAGCCAUUGGGCAGUUGCCGGGCUGGUUCUUGAUGGCAUACUUUUUCGUCGCAUAUCUUGGAGUCGUGAGGAGAAAGGAAUGGCCGCACUUCUUUAGGUUUCAUGUCGUGGUGGGUAUGUUACUGGAAAUUGCUCUGCAGGUCAUAGGGACGGUGAGUCGCUGGAUGCCUCUUGCCAUCUACUGGGGCAAAGUGGGGAUGCAUUUUUGGACAGGGGUCGCUUUUGCUUACCUUUUUACUGUCUUGGAGUGCUUGCGUUGCGCUCUUGCCGGUAUGUAUGCUGAUGUCCCCUUCGUUUGUGAUGCUGCCUACAUUCAAAUCCCAUAUGAUUAAGGAGGAAAACCUGCAAGGGAAUUGUGUGUCUUUGAAUGCUAUGUAGCUCGAUCUUUUGUUGAGACUCUAAAUUUUGUGUUGGACCUAUCGGCUGUAAAGUACUCCUAAUAGCCUUUACUUUGUUGUUGAUCAAGCAUAUUUUUAAUACAUGGAUUCAAAUUUACUUAUCCUGUAAAA